GUGAGAUCGCGAUCCGCGUGUUCCGGGCCUGCACAGAGCUGGGCAUCCGCACUGUGGCGGUCUACUCAGAGCAAGACACGGGCCAGAUACACCGGCAGAAGGCGGACGAGGCCUACCUCAUCGGCAGAGGCCUGCCACCCGUGGCCGCCUACCUGCACAUCCCCGACAUCAUCAAGGUCGCUAAGGAGAACCACGUGGACGCCAUCCACCCCGGGUACGGCUUCCUGUCCGAGCGCUGGGACUUUGCGCAGGCGUGCGCGGACGCCGGCGUGCGCUUCAUCGGCCCGCCCCCCGACAUCGUGCGCAAGAUGGGCGACAAGAUCGAGGCCCGAGCCAUCGCCAUCGGCGCCGGAGUGCCGGUGGUCCCGGGGACGGAGAGCCCCAUCUCCUCGCUGCAGGAGGCUCAGGAGUUUGCCAACAGCUACGGAUUCCCCAUCAUCUUCAAAGCGGCAUACGGGGGUGGGGGCCGAGGCAUGCGGGUUGUGAGAGAGUACGAG